AUGGCUCCGGUCUCACUGCCUCCAGGUUUUAGGUUCCAUCCAACAGACGAAGAACUAAUCACUUAUUAUCUCAAGAGAAAGAUCAACGGUCGAGAGAUCGAGCUAGAGAUCAUUUCUGAAGUAGACCUCUACAAGUGCGAACCAUGGGACUUGCCAGGGAAGUCAUUGCUUCCUAGCAAAGACCAAGAAUGGUACUUCUUCAGCCCACGGGACAGAAAGUACCCCAAUGGUUCAAGAACGAACCGGGCAACAAAAGGCGGUUAUUGGAAAGCCACAGGCAAAGACCGACGGGUGAGCUGGAGAGAUCGAGCCAUUGGAACCAAGAAAACAUUAGUUUAUUACCGUGGACGCGCCCCUCACGGUAUUAGAACCGGUUGGGUCAUGCAUGAAUAUCGCCUCGACGAAACAGAAUGCGAGCCUGAUGCAUUCGGCAUGCAGGACGCGUAUGCACUUUGUCGCGUGUUUAAGAAAAUAGUGAUUGAAGCGAAACCAAGGGAUCAACAUCAGCAGCAGCAACCUUACGUCCACACGAGCUCGAAUCUAAGUGGUAACUCGAGUUUUGACGUUUCUUCAGAUCUUGAAAUAAGUUCAAAUACACAGCAAGUUCUGCCUUAUAGUAACGUUACCGAUACCCAACCGCGAAUGGGAAACGCAAACUCGAUUAGUGUUCAUGAUGAUUGGUCUCAGUAUUUGUCACAAGACAUGCCUUCAAGCUUUUCAGGUUAUGGACCAUAUCUCACUCAAUCAAAGGUGAAUACAGAACUGGAAUGCGAGAUGUUGCAACAUCAAAUGUCAUUGCCACCAUUACGAGUAGAAAACUCGCCGGUUCAAGCCAUCGAUUUGUCCAAUAGACUGCACCAAAACGGCGGUUUCGACGACUUCACUUUUGCGCCAAGUAACUCCAACCAGUUCAGCAACGUUGCUGAUCAUUUAAUACACAUUGGAAAUCUCGAUGACCAAUUGCUUAAUGCUGGAAAUAAUUCGUCAUGGAUGACAAUGUCUAACGAGAAUCUAAAUCAGAGUUUUAUAGAAGAAGAAGAGAUUUUACCAAGUUUCGAACGUAAUGAUCAAGAUCUUGAUCAUUAUUAUGGCGGAUCUCGGACCAAUACAAUUAACAACAUAGAGAUUGACGAUUUUUUCUCGUUCGAGAACGACGUAGAAGACCACGACAACUCAAACAUAACCCUAAAUUCUUCAGGAGUCGACAUGAUUGAAGAAGAGAUUGUAGUGAAUCACAAAAUGCUUAUUUGCACGCGACAGACGGCGGAGACUUUGUAUUAUCAAGUGGUGCCGUCACAGUUAUUGAAAAUUCACAUAAGCCCGGUUCAAGGAACUGAAGAGAGAGCAAUGUUAAUGGAUGAAGGCAAUGAUUCUUGGUUCCAGAAGGCUGAAAAUGUGGCGAAGAUGAAACUGAAGCAGAUUAGUUUAGUUGCAAAACGUUACUACAAAUGUCUUACCAUUAUUUUCUGAGUUAUUUAUAUUUAAAUUACUUCUUGCUUUUGCAUACUCGAAAAGAAGAGAGGAGAAAAUACUAU